AUGAACCCCUCUGUUGUGGCUGCUCACAAGAGGAUUGGACUCCUCCAAAGGUUCAACAAGUGGCAAGGGAAGGCCAUGGACAAGAUGCAAAAGUCCAUGGAUAAGAUGAUGAGCAAGAUCAAGAGUCUGGAGAAGAAGGUAGCUGGUUCUUCAAGCAAGAAGAAGAAGUCUAAGGCUCCCACAUUCCCAAGGAGUAAAUCUCUCCUCACUACUCCAAGAAGGCUUCCUGCCCACGAACCUCACAGAGCCUCAUUAUUUGAGCCAAGGGAAGGAGAAGACAACUCGCAGAGGAGGAGGAAGAGUUCCAAGACUCAAUGCUCCAACUCGAUCAGCGAGCUCGACCGAGCUGAGGGUCGAGCUGACCUGGAGGAGCCCCUGUUUGAGAACCCUGGAUUCGAGUACGAUCCAACGCAGUACCAGGACUUCUCCCAGACCAACUGGACCCCCUACAACAGCUUCGAGCAAGCACAGCUCCUCCAAGGCCAAGGGAGCCACACACAUUUCAAAGAUGAAGAAGAGGAGGAAGAGGAGCCACAAGCUCGAUCGAGUGAGCCGCAAGAGGCAACCCCAGUUGCAUGGAGUGCUCCUGAUGGCCGUCUACCAUCUCCAGACCACGACCUAGUCUCCCAGUUCUUUGGGGGGCACUGA